AUGGUAAGGAACUGUGCAACAUGUGCUAAGAAGAGUCAGCGUCCAGCAGAGCCAAUGAAAUCAUCUAGCCUACCAGAGUACCCUUGGCAGAAAGUUGCCACUGAUCUGAUGCAGUACAAGAAUAAUAUGUAUCUUUUGGUAAWCGACUAUUACUCUAGAUACAUUGAGAUUGCUAAGCUGACAGUUACCACAUCGAAGGCAAUCAUAAACCAUCUGAAAUCCAUCUUCAGCAGGCAUGGAAUUCCAGAACGCUUGAUAUCGGACAAAGGUCCCCAGUAUUCUUCAGGAGAGUUUAUUGAGUUCUCAAGAUUGUAUGGUUUCGACCAUGUCACUAGUAGCCCACUCUAUCCACAAGCAAAUGGAGAAGUGGAGAAAGCAGUUUCUACAGCAAAGAGCCUCAUCGGCAAGUCAGAUGAUCCAUACCUUGCUAUGCUUUCGUAUCUAUCAACCCCCCUAGAACACGGUUACAGCCCUACUGAACUGUUAAUGUGA